AUAAUCAGUAGGAAAAAAAAUCCUGUUUAUCAUGAUUACACGAACAAAAAAAGCCUGAUUGACCAGCACAAAAAUAACGAAAUGUACAAACGAAAGAUAAAUUCUUCAAUCUUUUUUUUUUCUUUCAACAAACUCUCACUUUGAACUGGUUAUUUCUCUUUCUUAUCUUUCUCACCAAAAAAGAUAAAAAAAAUAAACAUCGUCAUCCCGUUAUUAUCCGCAUCUUGUCAUUGCCGAUUUACGAGUUGUGUGCUGUUUCGAAAUUAAUAUCCUUUUUUUCUGGUGACUGUAUAUAUCAUUUAUUUUCAAUCAUUUCAUCUUGACGUAAUGAAUGAAGCAACAGGAAAAAAACCCGAUCUUGUGCCUGAUGAUGAAGGAUCUGUAGACAUAAAUGGAUUUCCAAUACAUUGGCAAAAAUUUGGCCAUGGUCCAACAAUUGUAUUGCUUAUUCCAGGAGCAUUAGGAACGGCUAAAUCAGAUUUCUACGUACAAUUAACUGGACCAUUGGCAUUCGAUUUUAAUCGCUAUACAUUCAUUGCUGUUGAAUUACCUGGUUGGGGUAAAUCACGUCCACCAAAACGACCAUAUGGCUUGGAUGUUUAUGAUAAUGAUGUCAAAUGUUGUAUGCAAUUGAUGGAUCAUUUGAAUUAUCAUAGCUAUUCAGUACUUGGUUGGUCAGAUGGUGCAAAAGUUGCAAUACUAUUGGCAAUUUUACAACCAUCAAAAGUUCAAGCUGUUGCUGCAAGCGGUAUCUAUGUGUUCGCUAAUAAGACGAAUAUUUUACCAUUUUUGAAAACACAAAAAAUUGAAACCUGGGACAAAAAAAUGCGCGGUAAUUAUGAAGAAAUUUAUGGACCAGAAUUGUUACAACAACUUUGGGAUAAUCAUUGUAAUUGGUGUCGUGAUUUACAGGCCACAAUUAUGGCCGUAAAUGCAGCAAAACCUGAAUUGAAAGAUCUUCGUUUUGCUAUACACAAUGAUCUAAUGAAUGGUUUGGGACGUAUUCGUUGUCCAGUAUUGAUUAUACAUGGUGACAAAGAUGCAUUGAUUCCAUUGGAACAACCAUUAUAUUGUCAGGAACGUAUUGCCAAUUGUACAUUGAGACGUUUUCCUGAUGCAAAACAUAAUCUUCAUCAAACACAUACAAUGGAAUUUCGACAACUUAUUGAUCAAUUCUUUGAAGAUUCAGGUGAUUUCUAUUGAUUCAACCAUUUUGGUAAGAAUUUGUUUAAUCCAAAAAAAAGAGUUAAUAAAUGAAACAAAAAAAUGCUCUUUUAAAAAUAAACAAAACAAGAAAAAAAACUU